GAGAGAGGCUCUCUAGCUCUGCCUUAGGCCCAUUACUCCUAGUGUUUGUUGCCCACAAGGAACCUUGAAGGUUAGUACAGGCAUUUAAUAUAGGGUGCUCAAUUUCAUCUAUAUAAACCUCAUUCCAUUCCAUUCCAUCAAAUCCUCGAAACCCAAGUCUCAAGGUGCUUUCUCUCUCUAGUUUUCACCUUGUUUAAGCUGUUUGCUAGUGAGAGAGAGAGAAUGGGGAAGUGGGUCUUGUUGGGUUUGUUCUUGUGUGUGAUAGUAACACUGGGGGAUGCAUUCAGCUUUGAGGAGAGAGAUUUGGAGAGUGAAGAGAAUUUGUGGGAUCUUUAUGAGAGGUGGAGGAGCCACCACACUGUGUCAAGGGACUUGGGAGAGAAGCAAAAGAGGUUCAAUGUGUUCAAGGAGAAUGUGAAGUUUAUUCACGAGUUCAACAAGCGUGACAAGCCUUAUAAACUUGGGCUCAACAAGUAUGGUGACAUGACCAACCAAGAGUUCAGGGAGAGGAGAUCUGGCUCGAAGGUGGCACACCACAGGUCCCGACGAGGUAGCCCUCAUGGAACCACGGGCGGUUUCAAGUAUGAGGGGGCCGUGGACCUGCCGCCCUCAGUUGACUGGAGGAAGAAGGGUGCCGUUACUCCUGUUAAGGAUCAGGGCCAGUGCGGGAGUUGUUGGGCAUUCUCAACUGUGGUUGCAGUGGAGGGCAUCAACCAGAUAAAGACCAAGCAGCUCAUCUCACUAUCAGAGCAAGAGCUCAUAGACUGUGAUAACCAGGAUAACCAGGGAUGCAACGGUGGUCUCAUGGAUUAUGCCUUCGACUACAUCAAGAAAAAUGGUGGGCUCACCACUGAGGAGAACUAUCCAUAUGUCGCAGAAGAUGGCACCUGUGAUGCUAAUAAGGAAAACUCUCACGUGGUGGUCAUCGAUGGCCAUGAGAAUGUGCCAGUCAACAAUGAAGAUGCUCUCUUGAAAGCCACCGCCCAUCAGCCUGUCUCUGUUGCCAUAGAUGCCGGCGGUGAAGCCUUCCAGUUUUACUCCGAUGGAGUGUUCGAUGGUAAUUGUGGAACAGAGUUAGACCACGGGGUAGCUGUUGUGGGCUAUGGCACGACAGUUGAUGGAACCAAGUACUGGAUUGUGAAGAACUCGUGGGGCCCUGAAUGGGGAGAGAAAGGUUACAUUCGCAUGAAGCGCGGGGUCUCUGCUCAAGAGGGUCUCUGUGGCAUUGCCAUGGAAGCCUCCUACCCUAUCAAAUCAUCUCCAAAUCCCCCCAAGAGAACCAACUUCAAGGAUGAACUUUAAAUUACCAUGGGGAACCCACCCCAAAUGUAGUGUCCCUCUACCAUAAAAGUGCAUGGUUUGUCCAGCACAUCUCUGCUCUAUUUGUUAUUUACCAUUGAAGAACUCCAACUUCAGUAACUACUAUAAAGCAAGUUGUUCUCCUGCUUCCUUUUACUAUAUAAUUUAAAUACAAUGCUUCAGUGA